CUGAAAACAAUCUAUUAAAUCAGAAAUAGUUAUAAUUGUGUGUUAAAGUGAUAUCAACACUGUGUUUUUGAUUGACAACUAUAAAACUGGAUAUCAGUGUAAUUCUCUGUGGGCAAUUAUAAGAGUGUGUCAAUAUAUGAUGGAUUAAACCAUUUACUUAAACAGGGAUUAUGACGGCAAGAAAAGGAUUUUUAGCCCAACAGCAAAAUACAUUUCUUGAUACCAUAGCAACCAAGUUUGAUGGCACACAUAGUAACUUUGUCCUUGGAAAUGCUCAAGCGUCCAGUUUCCCAAUCGUUUAUUGUUCUGAUGGAUUUUGUGAACUCACGGGGUUCGCAAGAGCUCAAAUUAUGGGAAAGAGCUGUGCUUGUAAAUUCUUAUAUGGUGCUGAUUCGGACGAAACGGAUAAAACUAAAAUAGACGAAGCUCUGGAGGAAAGACAAGAACUUAAAACAGAAAUAUAUUUAUACCAAAGAAACAAGAAUGGUUUCUGGUGCUUACUUGAUAUUGUUCCAAUCAAGAAUGAAAAGAGCCAAGUUGUACUGUUCUUAGUAUCACACAAAGAUAUAACCAAAGACCGAACGCCGUCCAUCGUUACCAAUAAUAACAAAGAUGAAUCAGGGUCAGAUGAAGAAGAAGAUUUGUUUGAUCCUCCAACCAUUCCUUUACGCAGUGCUGAUAUGCCAACUAACUAUCAUUAUGACAGACGAAGAAGUCGAGCGGUCCUUUAUCAGCUGUCUGGCCAGUUCGACAAACAUAAGCAUAACAGAACAAAGAGUAAACUACAGAAGCUUAAUAAUUUCACCGGGUCAAUAUCAGGGCAGAUGCCAGAGUACAAAGUCCAAGAGGUCAAAAAAUCUAAAUUUGUGAUUGCUCAUUAUGGAAUAUUCAAGGUCGGCUGGGAUUGGUUGAUAUUAUUAUGUACAUUUUAUACUGCCAUAAUGGUUCCUUAUAAUGCAGCAUUUUCAAACAAAGACGUCAAAGAAUCGCGAGAUUCAAUUUACUCAGAUGUUGUUGUGGAAAUAUUAUUUAUAAUAGAUAUAGCUUUAAAUUUUUGUACAUCGUUUCUAAGUAGAAGUGGCCAUAUAGUUUAUGAUUUAAAACAGAUAGCAAUUAACUACAUAAAAGGAUGGUUUUUAUUGGACCUUCUUGCCGCCCUUCCUUUUGACUUCCUGUUUUUAUUCAAUGUCAACUUGAAAACACCCGUACAUUUGCUCAAACUAGCCAGAUUGUUACGUCUUGCCAGACUUCUCCAGAAAAUAGAUAGAUAUUCGCAAUACAGUGCUGUUGUUGUGACACUGCUGAUGUGUAUGUUUGCCAUGAGCGCCCAUUGGUUAGCAUGCAUAUGGUACGCCAUAGGAUAUAAGGAAUUAAAAAAUAAUCCACAGAAUUGGACAGUAGGAUGGUUAUUUGAGUUGGCAGAAAGAAUCGAUGAUCCGAUAGAUUCAAACAGAACCAACAAACCAGACAUACUAACAUCCUACCUGACAGCACUUUACUUUACAUGUAGUAGUUUAACAAGCGUUGGUUUUGGUAAUGUGUCUGCCAAUACCAACGCAGAGAAAAUAUUCUCAAUAUGUGCCAUGUUAAUAGGUGCCAUGAUGCACGCCGUAGUGUUCGGUAAUGUUACUGCCAUUAUACAGCGAAUGUAUUCUAGACGUGCCAACUAUCACUAUAAAACCAAAGAUCUCAAAGAUUUCUUUAGAACACAUCAUAUACCAAAACCACUCAAACACAGGAUGCAGGAACACUUCCAGGCAACUUGGUCUGUAAACAACGGCAUCGAUACAAAUGAGAUUUUAAAAGAUUUCCCCGAUGAACUUCGAGGAGAAAUAGGUCUUCACCUACAUCAUGACAUCCUAUCUUUGCCAAUAUUUGAGGAUGCCACACAAGGAUGUUUGAGGUCUAUCUCUCUUCAUACAAAGCGCGCAUUCUGUGCCCCGGGAGAUUUCCUAUCUCACAAAGGCGAUGCUGUGAACUACGUAUAUCUACUGUGUAAUGGAUCUAUGGAAGUUCUUAAAGAAGAAAUGGUGGUUGCCAUUCUAGGGAAGGGAGAUUUAUUUGGUGCUGACAUAAAUAUGGACGAUCCAGUAGGAAUUUCAUGUUGUGACGUCAGAUCCUUGACCUACUGUGAACUACAAUGCAUAAAUAUACGUGGAUGUGUAGAUGUGUUAUCCCUGUAUCCAGACUUUGCAGAAAAAUUUCAGAAGGACAUACGACAUGACUUGACAUAUAAUCUCAAGGAUGGAUAUGAAGAUGAAGAGAGCGAAGGAGAAACAAAACUUCACAGGAUAAUAACACUGCCAUCUAUCUCAGAAGACGACGAAGAAUCAGACAGUGAUGGGAAAAACGAUAGUCCGGGCAGUCCUGACUCCAAUGUCGACGGAAGUCCCACAUCCCCAUUUCUUAAAAAGAACUUCCGGUUUCCAUUACCUAAUGGAGAUGUAAAAACAAGGGAAAAACGAGUAGCAUUUGGAACUAAGCGCCAUAGUUCCUUUUCUCCAAAACGACGAUCUUCCAUGAAGGACCGACGACGAUUAAACUCAGCGAUAGAUUCAGGGAAAUCCAAUGAUCCUUUAUCGAACUCUAUUGAUAAUUUACAAAUAGAAGUGGAAGGAACAAAAACCAAUAUUAAACAGUUAGAGAAACGAAUAACCACGAUCAGUAAUGAACUGUGUAGUAUAGGUGGCAAUCUCAAACUUGUCGUACAACUGCUGACCCCUAACCCUAGUCUUCAUUCGGAGUCACCACCGUCAACGCCAUAUUCACCUUAUGUGAAGCCAUCAUUCUCAUUCGGAUCACCAACUAGUGAGGACAUUGGUAUCGAAUCUAUGGACAAUACUUCUCUAACAUUGGGCGUGCCUAGCCCUGGUUACAAACGACAUUCAGGUGAUAGAUUCAGAUCACCUCUCAUUGAGAAAAAACAAUUAUUGAAUAACUCGUUAGCUCAUAUGUUUGCCAAUAAAGACAAUGAACGGAACGCGGAUGAGACUUCAGAUACCGUCAAUAGAUUUCUAAAGCUUGAUUUGAGAGACAAUUUACAUAAAGGGGAUUGUGUUCCGCCUAUUUCUCCUAUUCCAAGAAACAAUAAUUGUGGCUCUCCUACCUGUUUAUCACCUUGCCCGAGAACCAGUAGAAUUAUGAUGGAGAGUCCGUCUCCGUUGUCUCCAAUUUUAAAACACAGCAAAGGACCAUCGGAAUGUGCGUCGCCUAUCUCUCCGUCUUCAAGAAAUAGUUUGAGUACGCAAGCGUUUAAAUCACAUGACAGUGGAAAGCAAUCUGUUAUAGUUACGGCUGAUAGGGCAAAGGAAAACGGGUAUAUAAGUAGGACGACAGAUCUCUGAAUCAUUUGUAUUUGUUUUUUUAAAGUUUGUGAUGAUUUACAAUUCCUAGUCAUGUGUUAUUCACGUUAUAUUUUACUAGUUUUAUUUUAUAUAAAUUGAACUUUACAUUUUUAAGGUUGCAUUUGUAUAUGUUGUUAUGUGCUAAAAGUCACAAAAAAGAUAAAAGGGAACAAGCUAUCGCUUAUGAAUUAGAAUUCACUGAAAUGUCGUUCUUUUUAUAAUAAUUUUGAAAGUUUAACGACAUGACUCACAUGUUAUGAUCGAAGCAUUGACAAACGUUUGUAUAUACAAUGUUAAAUGAUAUGUUAUACAUAUUUUUAAACUGAUCGUGGUUUAUCAUUUUAUGUUAUUCUCUUAAUAUUUUAUUCUAAUCAUGGGGAAUGUACUUAAUACGAUUUUGGACCAAAUUGGCACUUGAAUUAAAUUAAAAACAUUUUAAAAAAUUCUAAAAAUUUUACGGAAUUUGAGAGAAGAAAAUAAAAUCUUCUGGACUACAACUUUAGUAAAGACACUAGGUACCAGUCUGCUUUUGUUGGUUUUUUCAAACAUCU